GUAUCCUCAAGGGGGCGACGACUGCGACGAUGACGCCGCCGCUGCCGUGGUACAUACAGCGCAGCCGCUGGAGCGGCAAGGAGGAGCCGGCCGGCCGGCCGGCGAGAAGACGACAGCCCUGACCUCGAAGUGGCUGAGGAAACAGGGUUGCUCCGUUGCGCCACAUUGCCGCCCGCCGCAGCCUGCUCCUGCUGCACUAUACUCACACGGAUACGCUGUAUACCGAGCCGUGCUCCCGCGUUGCAGCCAAGAGUCGUGCAGCUCCUCCCAUGCGGCGGUGCCGCCGGGGACGCCGAAUCUGCUGCGCCCAUGUUCGCUUCCCUGUCCACGGACAGAUUCAUCGGCGGCCUGCUGCAGGUCCGUCGUGACGCCGCCGUGCACCUGUUCGCGGCUGCCUGCCUGGUGGCGCUGUGGCGAUGGCUUCCCGGGGCCCACGAACACGGCUGGUCGUACGCGCUGUGGUGGCUGGGCGCCCUCCUGACGCUGCUGGCGCUCACGCUGCUCCUCGGCUGGGCGCUCACCACCCUCCUGCUGCCCAACGCCAAGCUCAGCCCUAGGGGCAAGGCCGUGCUAGUCACAGGCUGUGACCGCGGCUUCGGCCAGCUGCUCGCGAAACGGUUGGACAGCGAAGGCUACAAGGUGUUCGCCGGCUGCCUCUUCCCGGAGCAGAGCCGCUCGGAACUGGAAGAAGCCAGCAGGUCCGGCCUGCGGGUGGUACCGCUGGACGUCACCGACGACAAGCAGGUUGCCGAAGCAGUGAUCCUAGUCGAGCGGGAACUGGCGGGACAGCACCAACUGUGGGGCGUGGUGUGCAACGCCGGCGUGAACAUCUUCACCGAGUUCGAGUGGACGACCCAGAGGGAGGUCAGCUGGAUGUUCGACGUCAACGUGCACGGCACGGUGCGAGUCACGCGGGCCUUCCUGCCUCUGCUGCGCCGCUCCAGAGGCAGGCUCGUUUUCGUCGCCAGCUACGCAGGUCGCGUGGCUCCCGUGUGGAUCGUGCCGUACGCCAUGACCAAAGCCGCAGUGAUCGCACUCGCCGACGGCCUCAGGCGGGAGCUUGCCCAGUGGGGCGUCGGCGUGUCCACUAUCGAGCCCACCUACUACGUGACCGAAAUCAACCCGCGCGUGGAACAGGACCUGCUGAAGCGGUUCGCCGCCGUCCCGGACCACGUGCGCACCGCGUACGGCGAAGACUACGCUCGUGACCGCUGUCGGGCCAUGGUUCGCUUCCUGUCCAGGGUCUCUCGCUGCGAGCUGUCCGAGGUGGUGGACGCCAUGGCGCACGCGCUCACCAGGGCGCGGCCGCGGCGCUACUAUCGCUGCGACGGCACCGCCGGCUGGCUACUGGCGCUGUUGCUCUUCAACCUUCCGAGCAUGUUCUCCGACGCCGCGGUCGCCAUGACCUGGAAAUCGCGCUACGCGCCCGAUGCCCGAGGCGUGCUACAGAGGGUCCGCAGGCAGGAAGACAAGGUCGCCUAGGCCUCCUCCGGUGUAUAUACGCUCUCGCUAGCACGAUAUCCCACCCCUUUCCUCCACCAUCCAUCCUAUAGAUAAUUUUGUUUCGCGGCUCAUAGUAUACAUUCCGUAGUUGCUGAUCUCCGCCGCUAGGCGUCUCGUCAUAAACGGGACGGAUAAGUCGACCCGCUACGUCGUGAGAUUGAGGUCUCAGAUAAAUAACAGCGCGUACCGCGCUUCGCAUGUGACACCGUUGUGUGCGUGAUUUUUCACCGUGACGUUGUCAGGCGGCGGUACAUUCGGACGCUUCACGCCGCUUGAAAAUCGCGCUCUUAUCACGGAGAAAUUGCGUCAUGGCGUCCCGAAAAGAAAGAAAUCGGUCGAGGUUACACUCAUAUUAAAGGAGGGUUAGCUAAGAAAGGGCUUCAUAAUUAAUACGUAAAUGUGACCUAGAUUUCUUUGUGGCACAAUUCUGAGUGAGUGUCAAUAAUAGAUCAGAAGCACCCCUAUUACAUGUAUGGUUUUUCGUCGUGGUCGUGCGCGGCACUGAAGCCACCGGCAAAGCGUCCUGAAAUUCUUAGAUACCCUACCACAGAGAAAUGAUUUCCCGCCGUAAAAUAUACGAGUCGAAGAAAAAUAUGGAUCACGGCCUUAUUGUAUACUAAUUGGUUAUUUGCGUUUUCUUGAAUCGAAAUGCACCCCACUUGUUGCCUCUACGUUUCACAAUGAAAGGUUCACAUCAAUCAGGCUCGUGAUAACGCGGAAGAUUAUCUACGAAAAACGGUUUACGCGCUUAACAUAACCCGGUAUUGCUAGCGUGCCAUGAUCUCAGAUUGGCAUACGAACACAUAUUCGAGUGUCACAGUAUAUUGAAGUAAUAUUGCUCGACAAAACUCAGCGUACAGCGAACAUCCGCCGAACUGCCCUAUCAACUUAACAUUCAUUAGCCUGUUCAAUGCCAAAGAAAGGAAACCUAAUUCAUGUGCAUCGUAAACGGUGUGCACUGUUGAUGCGGGCGCUUAGGUGCUUUGAUUAGAGCUGGUUCCAGCUUUACGAAGCGAAUCAGACAAGAAAUCCGUACUGAACAGUGAAUCAUUAGAUGUGGUUUCUUCUAUUUAAAAACGCUUGAAGCACUGGGAUACGAAAGCAAAUCUGACCUUGGUAAAUUUUUGCUAAGUACACGCUUGUUUGUUGUGUAAAACGCGUUUCUUUAUAUGUGCUCUGUAUUUAUCGAGUGAACAAGAAAAA